AUGGAGGAAACAUAUGCCGCCAUGAACAAGCAGCUAACCCUAAUAUCACCGCCGUCAUUCUCAUCCGAUGAUGAUUCACUUCCCAUUCUUCCUUUCGACCUCAUUGAAGAAAUUCUGUGUAGGUUACCAGUGAAGCUCCUCCUUCAACUUCGAUGUGUAUGUAAUUCAUGGAAUUCUCUCAUCUCUCAUCCUAAAUUUUCCAAGAAGCACCUUCGCAUGUCAACCACAUGCCGCAUUCAUAGAAUAAGACGUAACCACGGACGAAGUAAAUUCCUUCUCAAGUCAUAUACACUCCACUCCGUUUUCACCGACGACGUAACCACCGACGUCAUGCAUCUCAGCUUUCCUUCCACCAGUUUUUAUCUACCUUCCAUUGUUGCCUCUUGCAACGGUAUCCUUUGUAUUGCCGACUUAUACCAAACUUCUUCUAUUCAUGUUCUAUUGUGGAACCCUUCCAUUAGAAAAUUCAAGGAAUUGCCACUUCUUGAGAAGGCAAUCGGUCACGUUAUUAACCUCACAUCCGGCUUUGGCUUUGGCUAUGAUUCUUCAACGGACAAUUACAAGGUGGUUGUUGUUUUGGGAUACACCGUACUUGAUAAUAAUCUUAAUUAUGUCAACAAAACUGAUAUGAUGGUUCAUACCUUGGGUACUAAUUUUUGGAAAAGCAUUCAGGAGUGUCCUUUUGGUGAUGUAUGUACUAAGCAGUAUGUAAUAUUUGUGAGCGGCACAAUUAAUUGGCUGACAUCUAUUGAUAAAUACCGGCAAAGUGCACUCUUUAUUGUUUCUUUUGAUUUGGAGAAAGAAUUUUGUCGAAAGGUUUUGCCUCCUGAUGAUGAAGGAGUGGAUGUGUCCAACUUGACCUUGGGUGUGUUAAGAGAUUUCUUGUGCAUAAUUUCUGGUAAUGAUGUUUGGGUCAUGAAGGAAUAUGGAAUUCAAGAGUCUUGGACUAAAUUGUUCACUCUUUCUAACAUGCAAGAUCCUAGUAAAUCUUAUAUGUUGUUCAAGGUUUUAUAUACUUUUGAGGAUGACAAAGUACUGCUGCAGUGUAUUGGAAAUGGCAAAUGGAUUUUGGUUGUUUACGAUUUAAUUAAUGGAACUUUUAAGCUUACUAAGUUUGAAUGCAACUUCCUAGAAGUAUGUGUUGAGAGUUUGAUAUCACCUUGUUUUUAA